UGUUAUUGAUUAAUCUAAAUAAAAAGUGUUCAAACAGUUGAAUCAAUUUUAUUGCUUAAAUUCGGGUUGUUUCCUCCAGAUGUUGGGUUCUGCUGGCGCGCAGGCGACCAGAGGUGGCCCCGUGUUUUUCUUUGACCAGCCAACAAGGCGAAAUCGGAUUGAAGGCAACAUUUUAAAUUUCAUGAUAAGAAGUGCGGGACCACAGCUGGAAGACGCGCCACUGAGGUGUCAGCAAGAGGAGGACCAAAAAGGUGAAAGUAACAGUUUAAGCAACCAGAACCCCUCAGGUAUAGCCUGUGAGGAUGAAGAACAUGAUCCUUCAUCAUCAUCUGUCAGCGCCGCGCCAAAGGAUCCAAUGGACGCCUACAGGCGAGCGGCCCCUCAUUUAUUAAACGACUUGGCUCGUCUGCUUUCGCAGCAUAAGUGGUCGGAGGACGACCGCAUCCCCCGCGGCAUUGUCAAUAUCCUGGAUUACUCCUGGCACGAUCUGACUGCAGGGGCGGCGCUCCGCUUGAGGAGGCCAGCGGCGAUGACAGGGAACCAGAGGAGGCCCAAAGAAUCCCCAGAGACGCAGAAAACACCCCGACGGGUGUCUGACGGCGCCAGGGAGGAAACAGGAGAGAGGACCUCUUCCGUGGGGAGAAAUGCUGGUUCAUUUCUCACAAAAGAUAAAGCAAAUCAGAGUGAAAGAAAGGAAAAACGAAGCUCAAAAGGAGGUAAAUUUAGCAUAAGGUGA